UCUUCGUCAACGUCAAUCGGCAAACCCGUCUCUCAAGGUGAGUGUCUGUCUUUGUUCGUCUUCCGUGUGGCGGGUUUAGGCACGCACGAUGCUCGAAGACGGCGGCAACUUGACGGCAGGGAAGGGGUAGCGGGGGGACAGAAAACGAUUGGGAAAGGGACCUUUUGUUCAAUUGGUCGCUCUCACAUUCGCAGGCUCGCCCGCGCGUCCGUCUCGAGAGAGAAGAGGAGAUGUCGUCGUCGCAGAAGGAGCUGGUCGGAACAGAUGGCUGAAUACCUCUGUACCCGUCCAGCAGGAGCAUACAGAUUCCCACCCACUCUCCAACACAACCACCACCGCCAAAUCUUGAAAGAUGGUCCGCAUUUCCGUCCUCAACGACGCGCUUAACAGCAUCGUCAACGCCGAGCGCAAGGGCAAGCGACAGGUCCUCAUCCGGCCUUCGUCCAAGGUCGUCAUCAAGUUCCUCAGCGUCAUGCAGAAGCACGGCUACAUCGGCGAGUUCGAGGAGAUCGACGACCACCGCUCCGGCAAGGUCGUGAUCCAGCUGCUGGGCCGUGUCAACAAGUGCGGUGUCAUCAGCCCCCGGUUCAACGUUCCUCUUGGCCGAAUUGAGCAGUGGGUCGAGCAGCUGCUCCCCGCCCGUUCGUUCGGUAUCAUCGUCUUGACCACCUCGGCUGGUGUCCUCGACCACCACGAGGCCCGUAGGAAGCAUGUCGCAGGAAAGAUCCUGGGCUUCUUCUACUAGGUCAUUGAUCGGCUUCUUUUCCUCUUUACGCGCACAUCUUCAUGUACUAUGAUCAUCCCAAACAACGAAACCAAAACAAGGCAUCCAGGCACUCUGGUUGUCCUUUCUCAGACCUGACAUAUUACAUUGGAACGAUGGAGUGAAGGUAUCUAAAAGCCUCUUAGACGAUUCUUGGUGCGCUUCGGCUUUUUGCUGGGCGGC